GGUCCGGCCACCUCUGUGCGGGGCCCUCCCUAGACCUCUAGAGCACCUCUGGUCCCGGAGGUCCUCUGUCCCGACGGGCUCCCGAGGGCAACCCAUACCCAAUACACAGUACCCACGCCACCCCCAGGAGGUCCCAGGAAGGUGGCGUCAGCAUCUGCAGCCGCGUCGACGUUGUCAGAGCCUCUGCGAAGGACCCAGGAGAGCGGGACUCGGAUCAGGGCCCUGGGCCUCCCCAUACCCCCCAUGGAGAAGCCAGCGGCCUCAACAGAGCCCCAAGGGCCUCGGCCAGUCUUGGGCCGUGAGAGUGUCCAGGUGCCUGAUGACCAGGACUUUCGCAGCUUCCGGUCAGAGUGUGAGGCCGAGGUGGGCUGGAACCUGACCUAUAGCAAGGCUGGUGUGUCUGUGUGGGUGCAGGCUGUGGAGAUGGAUCGGGCACUGCACAAGAUCAAGUGCCGGAUGGAGUGCCGUGAUGUGCCAGCAGAGACACUCUACGAUGUCCUACACGACAUUGAGUACCGAAAGAAAUGGGACAGCAACGUCAUUGAGACUUUUGACAUCGCCCGCUUGACAGUCAACGCUGACGUGGGCUAUUAUUCUUGGAGGUGCCCCAAGCCCUUGAAGAAUCGUGAUGUCAUCACUCUCCGCUCCUGGCUUCCAAUGGGCACUGACUACAUCAUUAUGAACUACUCAGUCAAACAUCCCAAAUACCCACCUCGAAAAGACUUGGUCCGAGCUGUGUCCAUCCAGACGGGCUACCUCAUCCAGAGCACGGGGCCCAAGAGCUGCGUCAUCACCUACCUGGCCCAGGUGGACCCCAAAGGCUCCUUACCCAAGUGGGUGGUGAAUAAAUCUUCUCAGUUCCUGGCUCCCAAGGCCAUGAAGAAGAUGUACAAGGCAUGUGUCAAGUACCCUGAGUGGAAGCAGAAGCAUCAGCCUCACUUCAAGCCAUGGCUGCACCCGGAGCAGAGCCCAUUGCCGAGCCUGGCGCUGUCGGAGCUGUCUGUGCAGCACGCGGACUCGCUGGAGAACAUCGAUGAGAGCUCAGUGGCUGAGAGCCGAGAGGAGCGUAUGGGCGGUGCUGGCGGCGAGGGCAGCGACGAUGACACCUCGCUCACCUGAGCGCGGUACUACUGCAAGGACCCAGACAGAAAACGGGGCCGAGCCCUGGAGCAGCGGAUCCUCCUACACUUUCUUCCCUCCCCGACUCCCCACGCUUCCUGGGGGCGCUGGGCUCGGGCUCAGGCCCAGGCAUUCGCUGGGGCCUGGCUGGACACAGCCCCAAUAAACGAUUCCACAGCCUCA